CUAAUGAAAAAUUGAAUUUAACUUAAGAAUUUUAAUAAAAUUGGCAUUGAUUUUGUGAUACAAUCUCAAUUAAUCAAUACUUUGUUGAUGGUUGAUAUCGUUUUAGCAGACGAAAAUUUCGGUUUUAUGAGCGGUGAGCUUUCGAGUUUCGAUGUUAGUGAAAAGAUAAGGAUUUGUAAAUCAUGUCUAUAUCGGUUUGUAAUUAUUUCUGAGUAGUAUUUUAUUCGUCACAUCUUUUGAAAUGGCAGCAACAAAUUCAAAAUCCGACUUGAAUAACGGGUCUACCAAUAGUGUUUCCGAAAGCGGACUAAGUCCCCCAGCAAACACCAGUAUUAGUGGCCCGUCAAACGGUCGACUAAAACGGAAACAAUGGGUCCUUCAUGAGGGUCCACAUGGAUCACUACAGAGACUUCGACUAAGGAUGGCAGAGGAAGGCUGUGGCCACAGCCAAGUGGCUCUAGCAAAACAAUUUCUUUCAGAGAAUUGUGGGGAAAGCGAUCAAAUGGCAAUUCAUUGGUUGUUGAAAGCAGCUGAUCAGGGGCAUUAUGAAGGAGCAGAAUUAUUGAAGACAUGUUUUGAAACCAAUAGGGGAAUCACAGAAAACAAUUGCCAUAAAAUUCGUUCCUUCCUAGAUAUGUCACAGCAUGAGAGAGCAGCAAGAUUAGGGGCCAAAACAUUGUUUACUAAUAUGGCUCAAGGAAAUGAAUUCAUCACUACUAAACAACUGGAACAGUGGUUAGAGGAAUCAUUUGCUACACAACAAAAAUCACAGCUUGAGAAUGGAGAAGCUCUAAAACAAGUUACUGAUUCUUCUUCUUUGGUUUUGGGAGGAGAACUUAUCAGUGAACAACACAUGAUGUCAGCAGCUUCUGUUUACGCAUCCGGUCACUUCCCUCCCCUAUUACGGUUGCUCAAUCUAGGAUCCAAACAAAAUCUUAGCUAUCUCUAUCAUCGACUGAAGCAUAGCAAAUUUAUCGACUAUACUCAUCCCCUUCCAUUAUAUCUUAUGUUUACGCUAGUAAUCGUUUAUUAUAUAGUAUCCUUUGCUCUCAGCAACCCCAUCGUGUUGCUUAACUUGCAACUUUCUUCUGCCUUAAUUUUGCUCUCUUGGGUUCUGGCCUUGGCAGCAGCUAUAUACUUUACAGUUCAGUCAUGCCACUCUGUCCGAGAAUGGAAUAUUUUCCAUGGUUGGUCGUUGCUUUUAACUCAGCAUGCCCAACGCUUGCUUGAGCCAGCAACUGCUGAAAAUUUAUAUAUCUACGGUACAUUCCCAUAUCAUCUUGGUCGACUUUUACUGGCAACCCUUUUGUGUAUUUCACUCCAACCCGCACUUCAUCUAGUGCGCUCCACUUUACCCAAUCCUGGUUCUUGGAUCCCGUUUGGUGAGCUAAGUGUCCUAGCUGCAUUACUAUGUUCUACCUGUCUCGAUUCGCACAUUGGAGUCGGACUCUAUGACAUCCUAUGCCUGACCUGCUGGAUCCUUUGGCGUGCUGAUCUCACCCCCUGGAGUUUCUAUUCGGAUGAUGACGAAAGCAUGUCACUGCGUUGGAUCCAACUAUACCGUUCCCCCUGGAGUAUUCGUUUUCACCUCGGAACUGUAGUCACAUUCGCAGGAAUCCUGGUUCUGAUUUAUUUCUACGUCAAACGAAUGAGGCAGUUAAACUAUGCCAGCCAUCGAUUAGCCUGGUCACUACCGCACUUCCUCAGUCUUUUCUGGCUUUUCCUAGCCAUCGAUUGGUUCCAGUUAUCAGGCUAUGAUGGGAUCUUACGAGGUCUGGGUUUUCUUGCUGCUGCCGCACUUCUUCGUUCUAAUUGGUUAACAAAAGUCAAUGUGCUUAUUUGCAUUACCUUCUAUUCGUCUGGAUCUGUCAUCGGAUUAAAUCCUUGGAUAGGUAUAGGAGUAGUUGGUUGUCUCAUCGUCAUAGUUCAAAUGAGGACUAAGUUCCUAUCUCGUAGGAAUCAAAGCAUACUAAUGGUGCUAUGCCUAGCCAUACUCACCUACCGCCUGAUGGAAUACCUAAAAGCUCCCGGAACACUUCCCGAAGAUGUCUUGGGUUUGCCAACAACGACCCCCGUUCCUCCGACUCCUAUACGAUCAGGAACAGGUGGUAUGAUCCAUGGCUCUUUAGAUGAUGUUGAUUUAAAUUCUGAUUCCAUGGAGCUCAACUGGGAACGUUAUCACGAGUUUUGUUCCUAUUCCCCUCGCUCCUACUCUAGUUCUUCUAUCGCCUCUGUUCAGAUGGCGUGUUUCGCACUGAGUGGUUUAACUGUGAAAUGGGAGGGAGUUGUACGUCAGGUCUCAGUUGAAAGCCGAAAUAAUGUUGUAGAAUCGGUACUCCAAUGGCUCCCGCCUAAAUGGUUUGAAUGGCUGAAAUGUCGAAUUGGAGAAAAGUGGCCUCCCUGUCAUAAUCACGACCACGGGUUGCCCCAGUCACUUGAUUCGAGACGGUGUAAUUUAUUUUGGAAGCUUAAUCAUGAUCGCGGAAGCUUAUGCCAUGUUGAUCGUUUUUCCAAAUUCACUCUUCGUCUCGAGGUGGAAUCGAAGAUACCGAUUCAACUGGCUUCGUGGUCUGGUGAUAAUAAUGACGAUAAAACACUCACAGUAGAAUUACUAGCCGGACCACGAUUUCAAAAGUUGGCCUUUCGAUUAUCACCGGGUCAAGAAAUUCGUUUCCAUGGUACACUGUCUUCACCGUCAGUUGGCGGAUUGAAACCAGAAUUGGUGCUAAACUCGUUAGAGUGCUUGACGUGUCAGCCAGAUAGCACAUUCAACAGUCAUGCGGAAUCCACUUCUCACCAACCAGUUGGCGACUUACCGGAUGCGACCAUUUUCAUCGAUCGCGCAUUGCAAGGAGCUGUUGAUUUCGUCCUGCCACAUUUCUUACGACUUAACGUCACGCAGUUGCUUCGUUCCGAUUAACUGUUUCGCAUAAAUUAUUCAUAUAACUUCUCACAAAUUAAGUUUAAGCUUUAUUACCAGUUCAGCAUUUUCAUAUUCAACUAUCUUGUUGUGCCAUAAGUGAUCCCUGUUAGUGUCAUAAAAAUUCUAAAGAUAGAUUUUACAAUACAUUAAUAAACCCUAAAAACAUUAA